GAGUCCAACGUCCGCUCUUCCCGCUCGCAUACGGUCUUUACCGUGCAGCUACCUGUCACUACAGCGGACGGUGUGCAGACGCAACUGAGCUUCGUGGAUUUGGCAGGUUCCGAGCGCCUGGCGAAAUCCAAGGCGGAAGGUCAGCAGUUCCAGGUGACGAUCCAGGGCGGCGACGGCGAGCGCGCUUUGUGGAGCUCCGGGGUGCGGGCCAUGCGGUCCUACUAUGAGUCGUUCGGCCAAGCUGUUUUGAGCGAUUCGAAUGGGGAAUCCGAACAGCUGGAGGAGAGCGGCUGUGACGUGGAGCGGGGAGAGAAUGCUGGGACUGGCGGCAUCUCGAGUGACUCCAGGGAUCACAGUGAAGGGCCGCGGUGGCAGCGCGGCAGCAGAGGUUCUACCCCAGUACGGCAGCCGGUGUGGGACGGAUGGUCCGAGGACGGCUCCUACGUGGGUGCGCGGGAUGCUUGGAAUGAGGCGGAGGAAGGAGACGACUGGAGUUGGAAAGGACGAGGUGGUCGCGAGGGCCAUCGCGACUACGAGAAUUGGAGCUGGGAUGGCAAUGGAGGCGAGAAGGAUUGGGAAGCUCGAAGUCAAGACCAUGAGAACUGGAGCUGGAAGACGGGAUGCUCUCGUCAAGGGAGCCUUGGUGGCGAGGCUCUCAGCCAUCAUUGGCCCAAGAGGCAGCCCAAAUGGGAGCAGCAGGCUCUCUACGUCGAGGACGAGCCGGCUGAGGAGCUCUACAACCCGAUCCCCGACGGCUCCGAGGUGCUUCGCGACUCCAAGGGCACGGUGAAGGUGGUCGGCGAGGACGACGUUCUGAAGUAUGGGGAGAAGAAGCAGAGUGGAGGUAGGGUGUCGAGCACCUGCCCUCCGGUUUUCAGAGCGAGGCCCCAGGAGUCUUAUAGCGAGUGGAAGCGCAGUGUGGAGUUCUGGAUUGGGGGAGAAGGAGGGCAACUUCCUCCGGAGUUGAUUGGGCCCCGGAUGAUGGUCCAACUGCGGGACCGGGCAGCCCAGUUGGUCAAGAGGCUGAGCAACAAGGAUGUCAAUGGCCCCGACGGCAAGGACAUCAUCUUCAAGGAGCUGGAGCGGUCUCCAUUGAUACGUCAGGUGGACAAGCACAAGAUCGAUGAACACCGCCGGCGGCUCAUGCACUUGAACCGUGCACCCCACGAGUCCAUCGAGAGCUACAUCACGAGGGCGGCCUUGUACAGGGCCCAGUUGCUGGGCUUGGACAGCACCUUGUCCAUGGGCGAGGCGUUCUACGUGGGGCACUUGCUGGACCAUGCCCACCUGAGUCGCAGGGAUAAGGCGAUGAUCAAGACCAAGGCGGGCACGGACGUGGACGAGCACCUCGUGACUUGUGCUAUGGUGGAACUGGCCACGGAGCUGGAAGGCGAGCCGGGAUACCCCUUGGGAAUGUCUGAGCCCAACAUGGCCAAGAAUGGCGAGGAGUGGCUUCUGCAAAGGGGUGACACAAGGUCACGACUCGCCAAUCUGGGCGGCUCAGCUGCGAACGGAAGACAGGCCAGUGGCACCCCCGGUGGCAGGUUGGCCCGUCACUCUUUUGCAGCAGAAGGCGGGGAGGGCUAUGAGCUCUUCGAGGAUGAUCCAGGAGAGGAGGACUACGAGGAGGCGGACAUCCCCCCCGAGCUGCUGAUGCGCGAGAACGAGGCCUUCGGCAUGCACUAUAAGGCGAAGCAGAAGAUAGCUGAAGUCAAGAAGCUCCGGCAGUAUUACCGCAAGCCGGACAAUGACACCAAGCGCAAGGCUUUGGCGGAGCAGAUGAAAGUGAAUCCUUGCCACAACUGCGGCGAACUGGGGCACUGGAGCAGGGAAUGUCCUCAUCCAAAAGGGGGCUCCACCAGCAAGCCGCAACAAGUGCUCGUGGCGAGGACUCGGCAGCUCCCAAAGGUGCCCGAGGAGGACGAUGAUCGCGAGUGGGAUCUGCUUGUGUCACUUUGCCGUGCUGAGCCAACGAGCUCGGGAGGAUCGCAGCGAGGCCCCUCUUCGCAGUACAAGGUCCGUCGUGCAUAUCCAGCGCUCGGAGUGAUUGAGGUUGAGGGGUACGAUGUGUUGUGGUCCGUCCAAGAUCUGGCCUUUAAGAUCAUCCUAGACAUCGGUUGCAUGAGGUGGAGGCGCGAAGACCGGUGGUUUCGGGUGGACCCGGAAACUGAAACGUUCAAGUUCGGUGGUGGAGAGAAGCUUGGGGUGAAGAACUACGGGGUGGGGCAGGACAGUGGCCAUUACACGUUGAGCGAGCAAGUAGCGAAAGCCCACCUCCUCGGCAACCCCAUGGCCUCGACAACUCCUCCAAAAUGCAAGAUUUGCCAGAGCUCGGAUCACAAGACCCGAGAGUGCCCUCAGAUCGAGGAGGUGUCGGACGGCGAGUUCCAGCGGGUGCCCAUGAACCUGGACCUCUCGGAGGAGACGUUGCCGAGGCGCACGGCACCACCGCGCCCGGACAGCAAGUCGACCUUUCGGGGACGCAAGGCGACGAGCACCACGGCGACCCCGGGGGCGAGCAGCACGGCACCAGAUGUGGAAUCGACCGAGAACUUGGAGGGCGUGGCCGGUCUCACCCAGGAGGAGAUGCAGAUGUUGGCCAAGAGACGCACCCGUCAGGCGACAGCCAAGGCGAAGGCGAUCCAGCGGAAAGCUCUGACGGGCAUCCAGGCCGACUACCCCUCGCUGUCCCAUGCUUGGAGCUACGAGGUUGCCCUGAACCUAGUGGCUUCCACGGCGAGCAGAAUGCGGGUGUACCUGUGGAAGAAGAUUGUGUGGCAAGCGAGGGUGAAGGCUGCUGUGGAGGCCGAGGGCAACCGCCGCUGGAAGAGGAAUCCGCGAUGGCUGGCGAUGCUUCUCGGCAAGGAGGUGGCGCGCCCGAACCGCGGACUCCACCAGAAGAUCAAGGGGGGCUUGCAGAAGGUCAAGGAGGUGAUGGUCACCAUGGAGGCCGUGAUCAAGGACCCGGGGAAGCGCCUAAUGAUGGAGGUGUUCGCGGGCAGCGCCACUUUGACAAAGGUGGCGCGAGGCGGGAACAAGUGGAUGGCGUGUCCUCCGGUGGACAAGAAGUAUGGCUGGGAUCUCGCGCAGCCGAAGGAUCAGAAGAGUUUGUUGGGUUGGAUCAAGAAGUGCCAGCCGGACCUCGUGACCUUGGAUCCUCCAUGCGGUCCGUGGUGUGGACAGAGCUCCGAGGGACUACGUCAAGAUGAGUUGUGGGAACGGCGACGGCUCCAACUACCCUUCUGGCGGCUGGUGGCCGAGGUAUGGCGGCUACAAGACGAGGCGGGCACCUUGGUGGUGGUGACACAGCCCGCUCUGUCCCAAGCCAUGCACCUCAGUUUCAUGCAGGAUCGCGAGAAUGUUCAUCGAGCCUAUGUGCCAAUGUGUAGUUUUGGCUUGUGUGAUCCUGAGACCCGCCAGCCCUACGAGAAGACGAUGGUGAUUGAGGCGAACAACGGAGAGUUCCUCAAGUACCUGUUAAAGGGGACCUACUGCAAGCAUGGACUCUGUGGCCACCAGAGCGCGGCUGGGCACGACGCUCGGAUGAGGGGCCAUGCCACAGCAGCCACCGAUUGGGAGCUCCAUGCGGCUACUUCGGGGGCAGGCUGGGAGACUAUGGCGGUGGCCAGCCACGAGGUCCCGGACGAGGGCUUGAGGCAAGAGUUGGCGCGGCACUCCAUGACAGGCGAGAGGUACGACUUCAUAUGUUAUGAUGGUGCCGCAAAUCAGCAACCUCGCCGCCUACGUGCCCUCGUAGCCCAUCUCCAUGUUACGAUGGGCCACUUAUCCAACGAAAGGCUGUCCCGCAUGCUGCGGCUCAGUGGAGCAAAGGAGGCCGCUGUGCAACUGGCUCAGGCCCUUCGAUGCCAAGUGUGCGCCAUGACCCGACCGCCUUUGCCGACUCCACAAGUGGCCUAUCAGAAACCUCGCUCCUUCAAUGAAAGAGUGUCAGGAGACAGCUUCUUUAUAUGGGAUGCCAGUGGACAGCGCUUUGCGGCCACCCACUUCAUCGACGCCCUCACGGAUUACCAGGUGGGAGACCUCACGGACACUCCGGACUCUUCGUUUGCGAGGGAAGUUUUCCAGGACUUGUGGUUGUCGGUGUUUGGCCCUCCUGACUUGCUGAUCACGGAUGGAGGGAGCGAGUUCAAAGGCGGGCUGGAGGCCAUGUUGGAUCUGUUCGGGGUGGUACACGAGGUUACGCCCGAAGGGGCGAAGUGGCGUUUGGGCCAGGCGGAGCGGCACGGAGCUGUGCUGAAGCUCAUGGUCAUGAAGUUGGUGAAGGGCAUGGGCCUCAAGGGCCUCAAGGACAUGCGCCAUGCCCUGCUGGCUUCCGUGGCAGCAAAGAACAGGACCCUCAACAGGGGUGGUGUGUCACCGAUGCAAGCAGUGACGGGUCGGAACAACAUGAUCCCCGGGUCCCUCAUGCAGCAGCUAUCCUCCGGACAAGUGCGCUUCAAGUACAACGAGGCCGCGACCACGAGUGAGGCAGUGGCCCGGGCUGAGAGGAUACGCAUUGGGGCCAUCGAGGCUUUCCAUUGGCUGGACAGCCACGAUGCCUUGAGGAGGGCCUUGGCUUCAAGGUCACGACCACCACAUAUGGAGGGGGUCCGCGAAGGCGCCACUGUGUAUGUGUAUGAUCCACCAGCCAACCGCCGAGGCCUUGCACGCCGCAUGCAAGACAACAGCAGCUGGACCGGCCCAGGCAUCAUCGUCUGUGUGGAGAGAGACAAGCCUAUACCACAACGAAUAUGGGUCCGUGUCAGGGGGAGGGUCAAAGCUUUUCCCCUCCAGAAGCUGCGAUUGGCCACCGUGGAUGAGAUGACCAGCGCGGACUAUGUGACCCAGGCCGUCCAAGACGUCGAGAAGGAGUUGCAGGGCGGUCAGUUGAGGGUUGAAGCCGAAGACGAUGGAACAAUGCCCACGGAGGACGGAGCGGGGCGAGCCAAUGCUCCAGACGAAUCGUCCUCGUCUUCUUCUUCCUCUGCGGACGAUGAGCAGCUCCCGGAGGAGGACGCAGAGGCCCGAGCCGAACGGGAAGAAAGAGCCAAGCUCCUCGAUGAUCUUCCAUAUUCGGUGGCCCGCAACCUCGACGAUAAGCGCAAAAGGGAGCAGGAGUCCACCCAGGACCCCCACGCCUUGGACUUCCAGAAGAAGCAGAAGCUGUUUGAAGAGUUGGCCAAGCAGCUCAACCCACCUUCAACCCUCGAAGAGGCCGGGAUCCGCAAGCACCUCGAGGAUUCGUACGCGAAGUUCAAGUCGGUGAAGAAGGUGAUCAUGGGCAAGAGCAAGUCCUCUGGUGGUCGCAGUCGUGGCGAUGGGGGACACACCAACAAGGCCGAGCGCAGCAAGGUGCGCACCGUGAUGAUGGUGCAUGCUGGAGAUGACUGCGAGCACCUGUUCCGCCCGGGGGAGAUGGAGGCCAUGCUCAAUGACACUGUAGGACAGUGGGCUUUGUGGAGUGCACCUUCGUUGCUGGCCGACCACGAGGUGUUGGUGCAAGUCAGCCGCAAGGUGCAAGAGGCGGAGAUGGAGGGGGUGACGGAAGUUACCACGGGUCGAGCCCGUGUGGAAUACAAGUGGUCCUCCCUCGACGCUGCUUGGCGGGAUGCAUUUGUUGAGCCCCUGAAGAAGGCCGUUGGCGUUUACCUGGAGCACAAAGGGAUAAAAGGUGUGCCGGCCGAUCAGUUGGUGGAUCCGACCCGGGUCAUUGGCUCCCGUUUCGUCCUGACCAACAAGGGGGCCGAGAACCUGAGUGAGGCCGAACUAAAGGCGCGAUGGGUGUUCGGAGGACAUCGCGAUCCAGACGCCGGGCUGUACGCCACAGCAUCCCCUACCGCGAGUGUACUAGGCCACAAUUUGCUGAACUUUGUGGCCGUGCAAAUGCGAUGGGUGGUGUACUACGAGGACGUGAGUGCAGCCUUCUUGCAGGGGAAACAGCUGCCGAGGGCUGAGAAGGUGUUUGUCAAGGUUCCCCAUGGAUACCCGCCUGCCGUGACAGAGUUCUUGAUUCAGGGUCUGGGCGGAGGAGUUCGUCCCGACUUGGUGGAGCUCACCAAAGGGGGCUUCGGUCUUCCAGAAAGCCCUCGCCUGUGGUACCUGGAGUACAAGGACACGAUCGAAGGCUUGGGGCUAAAGGAGUUGGCCUUGGUUCCUGGUUUGUUCCGAGCUUUCCACCCAUGCGGGAAGCUCAGGGCGAUGGCUUCGAUACAUGUAGACGACACCAGGUACGCCGGGGAUGAGAGCAGUCAACAGUUGUGGGACGAACUCCACGCCAAGCUCAAGUUCGGCAAGCAGAGAAAGGCUACGGAUGGGUGGCAAAAGUUCUGCGGACGCUGGGAGCGCCAGGAUCCUCAGACGCUCGAGAUGGAGUACAGCAUGAACGAGUAUACCAAGGCGAUCCCCUUGGUGAAGACCCGACCAGAGGAGGCACUACCACAACCUCCCAAUGUGCCAAGUGCAUCUUCAGUUGCAACGGCAUGUGACGAAGCUCCAUCGACUUCUACCACGAUCCCCGGAAGUUCCUCGACGGCAUGUGACGAAGCUCCCUCGACUACUACCAUGAUCCCCGGAAGUUCAGCCACGGCAUGUGACGAAGCUCCCUCGACUUCUACCACGAUCCCCGGUCUCUUUAAUUGUUCGAUGCCACAGAGUGAGGGGUCUCGUGCGCCAAUGAGUUCGAUGCCACAGAGUGAGGGGUCCGACGACAUGGUCAUUCGUUAUCUUGCCGAGGCUGUGAAUAGGGGCACAGAGCAGUCUGAUGGUUUGUCAGACCACGAAAAGAGGCUGGUGGGAUCCGUGGUGGGCCAACUGAACUGGGCAGCCAGGCAAGGACGUUACGACCUUGCCUUUGUGUCCUCGAGCGUGCAACAGUUGGCCGGACGCGGUCAUUCUUCAGCCCUGAAGGUGCUCAACCAAGGCGUAAAGCGAGCUCGUGAGGACGUCACCAUCAAGGUCAGGAACCUUCAAUGUCCUUUGCAGGACCUCGUUGUGGUGGCGGUGAGUGAUGCUGCCUAUGGGGCCAUGCCAGGGGGUCACAGUCAAGGUGGGCUACUCAUUAUGAUCGGCUCCCCUGGCUUGCUUAGAGGACCGGCACCGGUGUGUGCCAUGGAGGGCAUCAGCAGCAAGAUCCAACGGGUGGUUCGGUGCUCUAUGUCUGCCGAAGUCAGUGCUCUUGCGACAUGCUACGAGCACGGCGACUUCGUGAGGGCUGUCUUCUGCGAGCUGAUCGACUACAACUUCAAGUUGAGCAGUUGGAAGCUCUCUGUCGCGAAGUGGCCGUUGUACCUGGUGACGGACGCCCGUACAGGCGACGAUGCACUGAACAGCGACACCCUGCCCACGGACAGGAAGAUCGCUGUGGACGUGGCCGUACUUCGACAGGCCAUACUGGAGGACCCCACCAAUUGCUUUGUGAGGUGGGUUCCUGGAUCAGCUAUGCCCUGUGAUGGACUGACCAAGUGGGCCGACAACCAUGUGCUCUCCAAGGUUCUCACUACAGGCGAAUGGUCGUUGGUGGAUAGCCCAGAAGCCCAAGAACUCCGUCGACAAGCGGGCAUAAAACGUGCCAUGUGGCGCAAGGCCGCCAAAG